UAGACGUAGACCAUGUGGAGUGCACUCAGUGAGCAAUUAGUGGUGUGUGUGUUGCUAGUUGUUACUCGCUGCUACGCUGUCUACACUAUACUCGAGAAAAGAGUGCUUUACUCCGAGGACGAGCCUCGCCGUAACUACCGCCUGGAGGACUUCCUGUGGACCGGGUCUGGAGAUGGAGCCGUCCCUCAGGACACCCCCACGGUCAACCCCUACACCACGACGGUGGUCUGGACCACCACAGUGCUGGCCACUGUUCUGCCCAGUCCCACUUUCUCACCUACGUGUCCAGGUUCGGAGUGUCCGAUUAUUCCAACGCCUACAGUGGGUCCGGCCCCCAGCGCUACUCCGUCACUGCCUCCCUGGCCUCCGCCCCCGUGGCUCCAGCCGGCCCCAGACCCGGCCUACUGGCUCGUCACUGUCCUCCACACCAACUCCACGGACUGGACACUCGCCCGUGACCUCUUCGAGCCUAGAUUGGCUCGCCUCUACACCAUCGCCUUUCAGAGGCAACAGUCCAAACACUUGGGACAAACCAAGAAAAGGAGAGACAGCAGAGAUGUGCAGGUCUUCCUUCACAACGUCACUUCCACGAUCAGUGCAAGACAGGGGCCUGCUCUAGAGCUGGUAUACUCCGUGCGGGUUUCUGGCAAGUUGGUUCCAGCUACCACGGCUGCCACGGAUAUGCGCUUGUUGUCUGACAAAGAGGUUGUCGCUGAAUUGGGAUACCCUUUAGUCACAAAGGCUGAACUGUGUGAUGUUGUUUCGUCAGCGUACCUCAAGUCGAGUGAGUGGCAAGAAGUGUCAGAUGUGUCGGCUCGGCAGGACGUCUGGUUGCUACUGGCUGCUGGUGUGAGCGCGGUGCUGCUGGUAGUGGUGCUGGUAGUGCUGUUCGCUCUAGGCGUCGGCCGACACAAGCGAAAGCAGCGAGUUGAGGGCAGCGCCAAGCGUGGCCGCGCGUUUCGUGACAGUGAACAAAGCGAGGACAACAUGGCCUACCAAUGCGACGAUCAAGAGUCGAAGGUGGUCAGCCCUGAUUCUCCAUCCCGCCUGAGUGGUCGCUCUGGAGGAAGCUCAGAAGCGUCUCUGGUGAGGCGUAGUCCGCCUUGCCCGCCCAAGCCCAGGCCUCGCAGCCACAAGGCGCCCAGUCCAAACUCCUACCUCUCCAUGCCCUCAGUCAAGGCGUUCCCCAGUGGUCCAACGAUCCCCGGGCCUCUAGAGUUGGUGUUAGAGCCUACAGAUGAGCCGCCCACCACUCCCACGCCUACAGUCACGGCUACCAAUACGACACACGCACGUCAUGCCAGCAGCGAGCAAGACCCUGGCGUCAUCGGGCCCUUGGUGUGGGACCUGCACUGCCACAGGCUACAAAAACAAGACAGUGUGGAUCUUGAAGAAGAUCUAUCGCUGACAGAGCCAGGGGUUGGCAGAAUGCGCCGCAGGUUCCAUGAGCUGUUGGACGACGCAUUCAGCUUGUUUGGCAGCCGCAGUGGCAGCCCUGAUCAAGACAGUAGCAGUCCUACCACGACACAACGCGACCAGCGGAUCAGAUCUGCUCUUGUCAGACCCAGUGAUCCACUAGCUACAGAAAUCAUCCUCCGCCCAAAGACGUCAGAUUCUCGCCGGCCCGCCACAGCUUUGGUGAGCAGCCGUCCCCCCCGCGGAGCUUGGGGAGGCAAUACCCCCACAACGCCUCCACCAAGACCCCCACCGCGACCCCUCAGUGCUGGACCAUUCCACAAGCCAGUGUUAGAGCCGGGUCGGAUACUCAGCACAGCCACGCUGGCCCCGACUGACCCUGCCGUUCCUCUCAUUGCUGCCAUACAGAAGGAGCUGGGGAAGUUUGGCAGCAAAAAGCCAUAUGACGGGUGAAGCUUCCCUCCUCUGCUCAACCUAACCUCCUUUAAUGAACAAUAAUCUUAUUUUGAGAACAUAAUUUAAACAUGAACAUUUGUUAAUGCCAUGUGGGAAUCGAAUAUUUAAGUAUCUCUUUAAAAUGUGGCAACGGCAGCGCAGUUUCAUGCAAGUAGAUUUUUUAUAACCUUACUUAACUGUUAUCUUGCUAUAGCUUUUAAAGAACUAAACACAAGCAAGAAAUUCGUUCACCUGAAACAGUGCCAAAGUUCUAAUUCCUUCGUAAAUUCGGAAAAUUGAGACUCACGACGUUAAUUCAUCCCAAAUAAACACUCUUUUUGCAUCCGUAAAGUUUGAUGACUGAUCUUCGAACAAACUUCUUUUUAUUUGUUGUUGUCAUUACUUUUUUCAUUUGACAAGAUCAUUGUUAGAUUUAGGUGGGAUGAAGGAGUAAAAAUAAAUAAAUAAAUAACAAAUUUAAACUACAAAAGGUUGUAGUUAAUCUAUUCAGAUUUAUAUCUAAUGCCGUAUAAAAUGAAUACAUUAUUUUAAAUAGCGUAAAACUGUAACCGUUAGAAGGGGAAUAAAGAGGGGAUCAUAAAUGUGUGAAAUCAACUUUAUUUCAUUAGUGGAGGCCAAAAUAAAGCAUUCUGCAAAACAAAAUAAAGUUCAGUAUAAGUAAAAUUAUUGUGUUCAUUAGCAUUUAGCUCAAAUAUUUCGUCCAGUCACUAUAUUUAAAUGGUAGCUUAGCAGCAUUAGUUAGUCAUGUAUUUACGUCUGGUGGAUAAGCGAUACAUUACGUGUUAGAUCAUAUAAAUAUUUCUAGAUAUAUUGUUGCAAAAUCUCGUUUUGAAUCCAUGACAUGGAUUGAGGGAUUCUGUGUCAAUACUAUUUCAUUUUACACGUGUGUAU